CUGUUUGGAUAACUGAUACUCAGUAAAUGGGGUCUUGUUCCUUUCUGUUAUCUAUGCUCUCGGCCUCAGCGUCGCUAUACCGUACGAAGUGCCAAGCAGCCACUGUAUCCCCCUCGUAGCUGGACAUAUAGCUAAAAGCUGGGUGGUGAUGAACUUUCGGCUUUCUUUCAAGGAAGUAUAAAAUCUUGUUUGCCUUGAUUUCUCACUCUCUCUAUCUCAAGCGUAAUUGCGAGAUUAAUAGUCACGAUCCAUCCUCCUGUAUUAGCGACAACCAGUGACUACUUCGAACCUUUGCAAGAUGUUAAUCGACCCCGAGAAGAAAGUUGCGGCUACACCAACGAGCAUUAGUGCAGACAAUGAGGAUGGUCGGGGGCUUUCGCUGGAUGAAACUUCCGGUGAUAUCCAAACGGUCGAGAUCGAUAAGGCGGUCGAAAGAUCGUAUUUGCGAAAACUAGAUUUUUAUCUGCUACCGUAUCUGUCGUUGAUGUAUUUGUUUAAUUCAGUUGAUCGAUCAAACUUGGCAAAUGCAAAGACAGACGGGUUCGACAGAGAUAUGCAUUUUACUGGAAACGAGUAUUCUCUCCUUCUGCUACUCUUUUACAUCCCCAAUGGUCUCGCCGACCUGCCACUGAAUCUCCUGACGAAACGGUUUUCAGGGAAGAUUACCCUUCCAUCGUUAAUGCUGAUAUGGGGUGGUCUGUCCAUGAUUCAAGUUGGAUGCACAAAUUUUGGAGGGAUGCUUGUAGUUAGGCUGCUCAUCGGUUUCUUCGAGGCCGGCUUCUUCGCUGGAACUGUCUUCUACCUUACACUUUUCUAUAAUCGAAAUGAACUCGGAUUCCGCAUCGCGCUUUACUUUGGUAGUGCGGUCCUAGCAGCUGCCUUCUCGGGGAUUCUGGCCUACGGUGUCUUUCAGAUUAAUGAUACUAGCAUUGCCGGAUGGCAAUAUUUAUUUAUUAUUGAAGGUGGUAUUACCGUUCUCCUUUCACUUUUCGGUUACUACUGGCUACCAUCCUCACCUCAGAAUGCACGCUGGUUUACUCCCGCGGAGAAAGAGGUAGCCAGGACUCGUGCUCUCCGGGACGGUUCGAAGGUUGUCGAUGAGAAGUUCAACUUCAAUCUGGCAUUCCAGCAGUGGAAAAAUCCCAAAAUGAUCUUGUGGUCGUUUAUCUCCUUGACAUACCCGAUUCCGUUUACUACUUCGGCCAAUUUCUUACCUCAGAUCGUCCAAAGGCUGGGCUACAGCGAGGUCAAAACAAACCUGAUGACCGUUCCUCCCAACCUGGUCGGUUUCUGCGUCCUCCUCGUCGUCACCUGGUCAUCAGACCAUUUCCGUGAGCGUACAUUCCACAUCUGCUUCGCUCUACUCCUAUCCCUAAUUGCACUUAUCAUCCUAUCCACCAUCGACGUAGCCACCCACAAGGGCGUCGCCUACUUCGCCAUGUUCCUCCUCGCCUCCGGCGCCUACAUCCCCUCAUGCCUCGUUCACUCAUGGCAUAACAACAACAAUCUCAGCGAGAACGCACGAGCCGCAACCACGGGAAUCCUUGUUGGUUUGGGUAAUCUGGGCGGUAUCCUGAGCAGCGCGACUUUCCGCAUCGAGUAUGCUCCUAAAUACAUCCCAACUUUGGCAGCUACGGCCGCGAGUGCUGCGGCGUGUAUUAUCCUGACGCUGGGUUUUGGUCUUUGGAUGAAAUGGGAUAAUUAUAGGAAGAAUCGUGAGCAAGGAGUGCAAUUGAGGGCUGAGGAUGUGGAUACGCAUCUAUUGGAGGAUGGGGAGAAGAGCCCGAAUUGGAGGUGGUUUACUUGAUCGUGUUCUGUCGGACUCUGUCUGGAGUCACUCUGGAUUAAAUGGGAUAUUUUUUUCCCUGAUUUCCCCACUCUUGGGUCUCUAGUCCUAUUGUACAUGGACCGCCUCAAGAGCUACAUUAGCUCAGCCUUCAGGUAACCUCAAACGUGAACCGAGGAGCAUGGUGCUUUUAUAGAGUAUGACUCAAGGCUCGUCGGGAUGGUUUCUCAAGCCCCACCAGCGAUGGGUAGUGAGUCGUAGUUAGUUGAAAUGAAUCGCAGGUGAUGUUGCACCAUCGACGUCUUUCACUCUAAUC